UCCAUCUCGCACAUCCCGUCGUAGACGGAAACACGCAACUUCCUGCUGCUAACAGGGUCACAACUCGGACCCUUAUAAAGUGGCGCGGAGAACCCGGAGUCAGCGAGUCGCCUUCGAUCCGAGUAUUCGUGAAGUCAGCUUCCUCCAAUCACGAGUACGCCCCCGACGCACUUGGGACUUUCAUCUCGCCGCAGCAGAAUGACGAAGAGUGUUCUUUGUGUCUUCCUGGCAUUCACCUGCUUCGUGGCCAUGACCAAGUCGAUGCCCGCCUGCCCGGAGUGCGGGGACGUGGAGUGCCCGCUGGAAGACGACUGCCCGCACGGCGUCGUCAGCGACAUGUGCGGCUGUUGCGAGAUCUGUGCCAGCGGCCCAGGAGAGGAAUGCGGCGGCUACUGGAACCAUGGUGGAAUCUGCACGGAAGGACUCACCUGUCGUCCCAACUCCAUGUUUUCCCAACUGCCCGGCCAGUGUGUAUUUCCUACGGACUUGAGCUGAUGUUCUAGUCUGUACCUUAAUGGCGAUCAGUCACCACCGCAAGAAAAACCGGCACCAAUUUUAUCAAGAAAGGAAAACGUCACAUUUCUCUCAGUUACAGCGAGAUCAGUUGGCCUACUCAUGCAGAAGCCACGUUUGAACCAAGAGUUCUUCAGCAGUCAUAUUCGUUAGUCUGUUAUGUGUAGAAUGUAUGUCCUACUACAUUUUUAACUUAUUACGCACACUCUCAUCUCAACUGUUCAUUAUAAUUUAACACUUAUUUAUAUGUACAUAGUAUAUGCUGAAUAUUAUGCCUUUCACAUUAGAUUGAGACACCGUGCCUGAUAUGUGCAACGUGUGCUAUCGCGUGAAGACUGUCUCGAUCAUGUGAAACCAGCAAGAAAAAAUAAAAUAAUUAUGUGCACCA